AUGUCCAUUCCAGCUGAUGAUUUGGCUUUUAUACUUUACAUAAACAAUAUUUCAAUACAAAUCAAUUGUUAUGUUCCAAUCUUUCUUCUUCUAUUUGGUAUAAUUGGUCAUUUAACUAGUUGUCUUGUAUUUGUUCAACGAACACUUCGUUCAAAUCCAUGUUCAAUUUAUUUUCUUGCUGCCAGUCUGUCAAAUUUAAUUUUCCUUAUAACAUUAUUAGGACCUAUGCUUAAUCUAUGGAAUAAGUCGUUGAAUUUGCUCAUUACUGUGUCUGUACUAUGUAAACUAUCUAUGUUUAUUGUUCUGGUGACACGAACAUUAGCUUUAUGGUUCAUUGUUCUGGCUACCAUUGAUCGUUAUUUAAUCUUAUGUUCUAGUAUUAAUCAACGUCAAAUGAAAAAUUUGAAACAAGCUUAUCGUUUGAUUUUGAUCAUUGCUAUAGUAUCAAUAUUCAUAUGGAUAGAAACUAUUUAUUGUUUUGAUGCUAAUCUUACAGGAAUUUCCAUCAAAUGUUUUGUUAAUUCUAAUGUAUGUCUUAUAUAUAAUAAUAUCAUACUUGCAUUGAUUAGUAUAACAAUUCCAUCAAUAAUGAUGCUCAUUUUCGAUCUUCUCACUAUUGUUAAUAUUCGUCAGUCUCGACAAAUAAUACAUCCAAGUAUAAAUACAAUUACUGUUUCGAAUAGAAGAAAUAGAAAAAUUGAUUGGAUUCUCACUCGAAUGCUAUUAACACAAGCUUUUCUUAUUUUUCUUUUCAAUCUUCCACAAGCAAUACAUAUAUUUUAUUUAACAAUUACAUUUUAUCAACCGAAAACUUCUGUUCAAGGAACAAUAGCUGGUUUUAUUUAUUAUAUAUUACUUCUUCUUCCUUUUCUUUCUAGUUGUAUUUCUUUUUUGUUGUAUCUCUUAAAUGAAAAGAUGUUUCGUGAAACACUCAUUAAACUUGGUAAAAAAAUUAUUGAACGUUUAAAAUGUAAUAAUUAA